GGGCUCUGUGGUUGUUGUACGCGCAGGGUAAGACGAGCAGCAUGGCGGAAGAGGAGAGCGAUUUGGAUUCAGAGAGACUCAAAGAAGAGCUGGAGAGUUUGUUGGACAAUGGCGGGAAGGGCGGGAACGGUCUCCAGAGCAAGCUGUACUGUACCAGGUUUUGUCAGGUGGUUGAAGAACACACUGGACGAUGCCAGGUGCCGCUGCCUCAGUUGCAGGUGCUCCGAACGGCACUGUGCUGCUUCACCCAAGGCAUUGCCACCUUCCCUGCUGACUGUGAGCACGUUCAGUAUACCUUGAGCAGCCUUGCCUUGAGCUUUUUUGAACUACUGCUAUUUUUUGGUAAGGAUGAAUUCCUGGAGGAUCCAUUGAAAGACAUUCUUGACUCAUUUCAGGAAUGCCACUCAUGCCUAUUGGGCCAUGGAAAUAUGUACCUCAUGCUGGUGAAACAGAUUGUUAAAGAAGGUGGCCCAUGGGAGAAUCCAGUUUUGCAGGCUAUCCUGAAGGAGAUGCCGCAACAUCAGGAAGAAGUGGACAGAUACUUAAGCUCAGAAGUUCCAGCUUUCUUUGAGUUCCGGGUUCGUUACUUACUAGCCUGUGAACGUAUCCAGGAGGCUGUGGCACUGUCCAAGUGCUGUAUACAGCAUUCAGAAGUGGGAAGACAUCUGUAUUUCCAUCAGGCUUAUUUAACCUGCCUUUUAAAAGCAUCUUUAUAUGAUCAUCUUCAAAAGGAGAUGGCAAUGAUUGAUGGGAAGGAUGCUGUGGAGAUCAUCUGCAACACUGAGAAUGAGGAAAAGGAUGACUUGCUGUUGGUGCUGUGCAAAGCAUUUCUAACCCAGCAGCUGCAGAAUGGUGAUAUGUAUUACAUCUGGGAUCUUAUCUUCAUAUGGAGCAAACUUCAGCUGCGGGCUAACCCUUCCAAACAGGACUUCUUAGAAGAAUGCCAUCAACUGAUGUCAACUGCGACAAACGUUAAAAUGAUUUUUCCCUUCAUGAAGAUAAUUAAGGCUGAACUGGGAGAAGAAGGCUUGCAGUUUUGCGUCGAGCUAUGUGCAUGUGCUCUUCAGAUGGAUCUCCGUCACGACCCAGUCACCAAGUCCCUUGUGUACAAGAUGAUUGCUUAUCUUCUUCCAAAUGACUUGGAGGUUUGCAGAGCCUGUGCCCUUCUUGUUUUCUUCAUGGAGCGCACAGUGGACUCUUACAAGAUUGUUUAUCUUCUUUACACCUACCCUGACCAGGAGUAUCACAUGGAUUCCAGCGUGAUUAAAAACCACAUACGUUUCGAAUUGCUCCAGAUCUUGAAGAGGGGAUUGUUUUUUGAUCCAGAGUUUUGGAACUUGAUCACGCUAAAGACGAACUGCCUGUCUUUGAUGAGUGAGAAAGUGAUGAAAGCAGCCUUGAAUGAGACUGUGGAGGAUGAUAAAUGGAUUCAAAAUGAUAGUAUUAAAGAGACAUAUAAAAUGCAUUCAGAAAUUCCAGACAAGCACACUAGCCAAUUGAUGAACUACUCUGAUAAAGACCGGCGUAAGCCUGCUCCUAAACGUUGCAUCAGGCAGUCGGAGGCAGCCUCAGAGAGCCCCAUCAGGAGGCGAGGAAGAAAACCUGGAAAACGUGUUAAAGUUAUAGAUACGUCGGCAUUAAGGCGAUCCCUAAGACAGCUCGAUAUGAUCCAGGAAAACUCCAUGAAACAGCUCUCCAAAAGACAACAAAGACACCUCGGCCGACAGGCAGAAAAAAAAACCCUGAAACGUCGCGGUAGAAAACCCAGUUGGUUUCUACCGGAGACCAACAGACAGGCAGAGAACAGUGCUCCGAGGCGUGUUGGGCGGCCUAGGAAGAAAACUCCACAAUCCCCUCUGGAAGUUGCGCUUCCGAAACUCGCCGCAUCCGAGACGGGGCAAGGUGAGUCGCAGCAGGUCUCCCAGGAGCAGCCAGCAGCUGAUGAGGUGACCCCUCUUUCACCAUUACCCGAGACCGUGCCCAUAGAGGAAACCCCUCAGUCUCCAGAAAGGGCUUCACCGAUGCAAGUUUCCUACCAAUCCCUAGACUCCCUAGGAACACCCCUUCUGGAUACAAUGCUGGAAGUGUCCUUCCCCGAUAACGAGGCGAUGGAAAUACCUGUUGAAAAACUAGAGGUGGUUGAACAGCCGCAAGAACUAAUUGAGCAAACAGAUGUGGCUCCAGAAGACUCGAUCAACCACCUGGACACCUGUGCAGAAGAGCCCUCUGGAGGUCUGAGUGAGAGGGAACCAGAACCUCCUGUCAAGCAAGAAGACAACACGACAGUGGAGGAACCUGUUCUGCCACAAGAACCCAUAGCUGAAGCUUGUGAAUUCCAGCAGUCCAGUAACAUAGAAGUAGAUGAUGCCACCUUGCAACAGCAGGAUAACGGGACUGAUGGCCAGAUGGACAUUAAGGAUGAGGAGGAGAAUACAAUUCAGUCCCCUGUCAAAGCGCCAGAAGAGAAUGCGGAACUGCCCACUGUAAUGCAGGACAACAUACCUGAGUGCACUGUGCUGGAGCAAGGGCUUCCAGAUGUACUUCCAGAAGGUCCUGUGGUAGCUCGGGAUAAGUCCCCUCAAGGUCUUGUCAUAGAACUGGAUACUGUGCUUGAGGCUCAUGUGGCAGAGCUGGUCUGUACACCUGAGGCUUUAGUUGCAGAACCAGAGGUUUUAACUCACGGUCUAGAUUCAUUUGUUGAAGAAACCAAUAGAGCUCCCGUAGAGGCUAGCGAACCAGAUGACACUGUGAAACAGGCUGCUUCCCCUCCAAAACUUGAGCAAGAGCAGCAUACUGUGUCACCACCAGGAAAUGAUCCUGAUUUCAAAAACUCUCCAAAAACAGUUUUGGGUAAUACUUUGAGCAGAAAUGAAAACUGUGUGCCCAGGCAUCGUUGUAUGUUGUGCAACAAAGACUUCAUGGGUGGACACAUAAAACGCCAUGCAUUGGUUCAUCUACAAAAAGGAAACCUGCGUUGUGUGUUGUGUGGUAAAACAUACAAGCAAAGGAAUUUCAUGCUUAAUCACCUGAAGGAACACCUUCAGAAAAUGAAAAGCAAAAAGCGUCUGCCAGAUACCCAAAGCAAUGAAAAUUGCACUCCAGUUGAAAAUGGAACUUCUGAAACUUGCGAGCGUGACGUCAUAUCUUUACCCCCAGAUCUUAAACAUUCAGCAGCGGAAGUAGAAAAUCAUGUAGAAAACCAUAACAGAAUUAAUGUAAAUCUAGAACAUGUAAGUAGUGAGUCACAAGGUUUGCUGAAGAGUGACAAAAAUGAAAUUGCAUGUGCUGCAAAAGAUCAGUCAAUGGUGCAGAGAGCUAACGGAUCUAUUUCAAAGCAAAAGUCAGAGUGCCAGAAAGAACAAUUCAGAUGCCCUGCAGAGGGGUGUGCGAGGUCUUUUGUUAGACAGUGGGUUCUCGUUAAGCAUGUAAAGAAAGCUCACCCGAAUGAUAUGAAAGUCCAGGAGUGUACAUUUCUCUGGACAAAGGGAAAGUGCCAGUAUUGCCAAAGAAAAUUUCUGUGUCUGCAGCAUUACUCGGACCACCUCAAGAGGCAUGACGGUGCUCACAGGUAUUUUUGUCAGCACUACAGCUGCAACGAAAGAUUCAAAACGCAAGCAGAACUUGGGCAGCACCUAAAAACCCACUCGCAGUUUCAGGCACAGUGUAGUUUUCCAGAAUGCUUUGAACUUUUUUCUGAUCUCUCCCUGCUGCAUGAGCAUGAAUGUUGGCAUUACUCCCUAAUGACAAACCUAGACGGUACUCCUUCAGCAGCAGCUUCCGGGCACAACUCCACGGAGGCCAGUGGCAUCCUGGUAAAAAGAAAAAGAAAAAAAGACGCACAAGAGGCUCCCAUCCAAGAUCUGAAAGUCCGAAAAGAAUCCGCACAGCCAAAGACCUACAUACCUAGUGGAGGAGGCAAAUCCAUCUUAAAUUCAGUGGAAGUCAAGGUUGCCACACCAGAGGCCAAAUCCUUGGAGCAGCCAGAAGAUGGUGCGAGGGAGGAUUCCGCGGGCGGCAGGGUUUCCGAUGGACAGCUGUUAAAUGGGCAUGCCGACGGAGAUAAACCGGCUUCUGCUCAGCUGCCGGAAGGAGCAGCUCAGGCACUGGAUCUGCAGGACCACGCGCCGGAGGCGGGGAAGAAAGACACCGGUCCAACGGAAAUUAAAUCGGAGGGGGUUGCCGGAAAGGAUCCGGAAAAGGCCCCCCCGCCCCAGGACGUUUCCACGGCAGCCCUUAAAAAGCCCCGACGGUACGACGAUGAAGUUUACUCCUACGGGGGCACUUCCAAAAAGCCGUUCAUCCGGCCUCCCCCUUCGGCGUACCUCGCUGAGCAGUACAUCAGCAUGCCCAAGCGCAGGAAAUCGCCCACCAAGGCAGAGUCUCCCAGCUCCGCGCCGCAGUCGGAGCAGGCUGGCGGUGUUCAGAGACACAGGUGCACUAAGUGUUUUGCACUCUUUGACAAAGCAGAAGAACUGCAGAGCCAUCUCGCCCAGAAGAAGUGUCAGGCUUUCUUUGGCUUUGAUUCAGAUGAAGAAAGUGCCUGAUAAAAUAAGUAUGAAAAGACUGUUUCCAUGUGAAGCCAGGACUGAAGAUGCUCCUGUGUUUGUCAAGUCAAUGUUUGACUGUUUUAACUGGCCUUGAGCACAGGGCUACCUCAGAGCACUUUUGAAACUGAACGCCACAGCAACGAGAGCAAGAGGAGUUCAAAAGACUUGUGUUCAGAAAUCUUAUCUGAUAAACACACUGGGGAAGGGGAGGGAUUGAAAAUGCGGGGAAAAAAAUAAAAACACAACCUCUAAGAGGUACCCAAGUUCUCUGUAUACAGAGCUGUGUAACAAGAUGCCCAAAAGACGACUGGAAAAAGAGCUUGUUGCGGUAGUGGAAGAGCGGGGGUCAAAUUCAGUCUGUGAGACUGGAACGGAAGCCUUUAGUUGACCACAUUCUGCGAUGAUUCAACUCUAGCAAAUUCUGGACCCUUUCCCAAACUCCAAAGUGCCUGGAACUAUUCGGUCGGCUUCUUUCUGCUGUUGGUGCAUGGAGAUUGGGGAUGCAGUAGGAAUGAUGAUCGCCUGGCACCUGAUCUGAAUGUUCGGAGCUUGCUAGGGAUGAAGUGGAGAAAGACGUACUCGUUUUCUUAAAUUAUUUUAUCAGCAACAGCCGAAUCAACUGCCCCAGUAUUUAUUGCACACUAGUAGUUUAUUCACCUCAUAAUUCGCAUUGCUGCUGCAGAAUACAGGAAUCACUAACACAAUAGGUAUUUGUUUCAUCCAGCCCACUAAUGUUUUUUUUUUUUUUCCCCCUGUGUACUCUCCAUUCUAGCUGCACUGUGUAUAUUAAUGAAUUGUAUUCAGUAUUGUAAGGGUUUCAGUCUUUGUGGUGAGAAGCUGCACAGGUAGAGAUGGCCGGCACAUUGGGUUUGCCAUCCUUUAACACCAAGGAUAGAUAAAUCCUUGUCCAGGUGUCAGGAGAGGGGGAACAAGCACCAAGCACCUAAAGAUAACAACCAAAUUGAUUUGCCUUUUCUGAACGGGCUGUUUCCAAGCUGCAGUUGCGGGUAAAACCAGUCCUACAGCACCACAGGUUUGCUAGAUUUCAUUCUGCUGCAAGUAUCAGCUGAACCUGUGAACUAAUUGGAACCAGUUAAGCACAGUCUCCAGGUGUGAAUCAAAUGGUCCUGCAAACACCCUGGAAGAGCAAGACUGUGGCCCUGCAAGACUAUGGCUACCAGCCACUGUUCCUCUGGAACUGCAUUGAUGUUGAUCAUAUGUCACAGUGCUCUUCCCCGUAAGCACCAGUGUACUGCUAACAGUGCCUUGUGUGGUCCUCGCCUUUCGAGACAUCCAGUGGUUUGUUUCUGACCCAAAGCUAUGAUACAGAUAGUGCAGUCUUCACCUGCUGUUCUGGUAGCAACGCCCUGCAGCAGGCCCCAGAAUUGAGUCAAGAUUAAAAGAUGUGAGCCACCACUGCUAUCAAGACACACACAGAUUACAAUAGGAUUACAUGGGGUUUAAAUUCUUCAGCUUCUUUUAUCAGAAGGUGAUUUUUUUUGUCUUUACUUUUUUUUUUGGUUCUAAAUGAGUGUCUUUGAGAUUAUAGUAUAGUGUCCUCAAUGUGGCACAUGUAAAUUGUAACUGUUUCCCUUGGAACAGUAGAAGUCUUUUUAUAAGUUAUAUAAGGUUUUAACAAGGAUAUGUCAAUUUUGGGGGGGGAUGUUUUGAAAUCUGCUUUCUGCUAAAUUAAAAAAAACACUAAUUAGAAACGAGGAGAUUUGUGUUUUUAUACAAAAGUGCUGGACACCAGUAUAUUCAAUGAUUUGUAGGAAAUUGGAACCUCUAUGUAGAAAUGCAGAAAUAAUCUUGUAGGAACACUAAAGCUGAAAACCGACGCAGUAGACUAAACACGUUGCCUCCAUCUGACAAGUGUACUGACAAGGACCCAGAAGGAUUGCCAACAAAAAAUGCAGCAGCACAAAACAUAAGCUUGUCUUGGAUUUGCAGCCAUCGAGGUGCUCCUAUUCAUUGAAUGUUUUACUUUCCUCUGAGAGGAGGAAAGCACACUUAUUAAUUACUGUUAAUCAAGGACAGGGGGUCAAAACUGGAAAUUGAAGCUGUAUUCUUUCUGAGAGCAGUAUAGGAAGCUUUUCUUUACACAAAGAGGUGUGGGUGUCUGGCCUUAUCCGAGCACAACUGGGAGAAAUAUUGGAAUUAGCCACUGAACCACCUAACCAGCCUGAGGGGUGAAUGGCUGUUAUAUUGUUUGCAGCUUGUCUUUUGUUCUGUAAUCCAAAAUUCAUCUUAAGUUUAAUUUCUCUUGUUUUACCGGGAGAAUACAGCUUUCCUGAUUGUAUAAGGACAAAAAAAACAAUGAGUGUCCUAUUUUAACUGAAGAGGUUACACUAGGUAAUUGGUAUAAGCUUCAAAGACUUCCUUUCUAAACUUGUUUUGGUUUCAGUGUUAUCAAAGAUAACGUAUUUCAUACUUUUGUUCAAUUGGUCUCAGAUCAGGAUUUGUUGUAGAUGACUGAGAAGUUAAAUGGUUAUUUUCAUAAAACAGUUACCAUACACUUUUGUCCUAUAGUACUAAAGUCUGGGGCAAAAGAAAUAAAAUAAGAGCUUUCCAGAUUCUCUAUGGUAUGUCAUGGGAUGGCCCAACAGACCACUUUAUUCAGCCCAUUUAUUAGGUUAUGCAGGGAAUUAUAAUUCAAAUUCAUGUUGGCUGCAUACUGAAAAUAUUAACCUCUUAAUAAGGAUUCCGUGCCUUUAAUCUAAUUCUUCUAUUGAAUUGUUUGAGAUAAAUGCCCAAUUAAGAUUUAGUACUCCGGAAAAGAAAUAUGAGUUAAAUGUUUGAUUACAUUUAGGAGCCUGUCAAACAGGGAAGAUGAACUGAAUGGAUUUCUUUGUAAUCUUUCUUUUCUUAGAUUCAUAAACCGUUCAAGAUUGCUCAUCAAUUUAAAUUUCAGGAUUUGUAGUGGAAUCUAACAAUUUCUGGUCGGAACUUGUUGAAACAGUAAAAAGUUAUUUUAAAAAAAUUGGAACGUGGAGCCUGUUCAAUAAACAAAUCUGUCACUGGGUUAUUUUGCCACCCAUUUUGGCACUUAUGUUUGCCAGUUUGGAUUGGCGCUACAUGCAGUGUACUGGACACGCCCACUCACGCAUGGGGAAGUGUCUCUGGACACACCCACUCACACACAGGGAAGUGCCUCUGGACACGCCCCUGUUUGGAGUGCUUUGACAUGCUGCACACCUUUCAGGAAAGUGCUUACUCCAUCGGCAAACCCCUCCUGACAGUUGUUGCUGUGUUAACAAUUUAAGGAAACCCUGCAGGCUGCUGGGAAAUCUCCAAUCACAGUUCACUAAUGGCCCGGGUUGGUAAAUCAUUUAAUGAAUUAUGGGUGACUUAAGCUUCAGAGAAAGCACGUCACAUGUUAGAACCUGAAAAGCACGGAAAUAAUUAUUUUGCAACAACCGAAACUUCAGUUUCUUAAAGAGGAAGUGUAAUGCUAUUUUUAUAUUUUUCGGGGUGAGAGAAUCAGCAUUGAGUGCAUUCCAAGCCUCAAUAAAAGUAAGAUGUACACAGGGACUUGUAAGACCUCCAAAUUACAUCACAAAAUUUGCUGACAAAUACUCCUUGUUAACUCUGCAUGCAGAUCACAUUUUUUCUGUGAAAUGUCU